UUAUCUAAGUACGCGCAGCUUGGCGAACUGUGGCAUGGUCUCCUAGGUCUUUCUGGCUUGCUUAUUCGUCCAGCCGAGUGACGGCAGCAAAGCGAGGGAAGAAGGAAAGGAGGAGGCGGAGAGAGAAAGAGAGACUAGCUCCUCCCGCUUCUUUUAAUGUCAACUGGGGGAAUGGGUUGAUUUGACACAUUCCCAGUUGCUGGGAGAUUACUCUGUGGUUAUUAGGCUGGGAAGUGGAGGGAUGGAUGGGCGUGAGAGGAGGGAGAGGGGAGGCAGUUCCCACUCCGGCUGCUGUAGGGACUCCACAAAGAAAGAAAGGAAGACAGACAGCAACAAACAGGAAUAAAAGGAACAAAGACUGAGGUCUAAUACUGGGGAAGGAGGGGUAGAAAAAGACGGAGAACAGCACAAAUAGGGCUAAUGAUAGAAUCUAUUAUUUUGGGAGGGAAAAACAGAAGCCACUCCAUUCCUCUGCCCUUCUCCCCUCCCCCUUCUCUCAUUCCCUCUGCUUGGAGAAAAGAGCCCGGAGUCUUUAGUAGCAAGAAAGAGGAGUGGGAAAGGCUAAUCGAGCAAAGACCUCUCCCUAUGGAACUGGCUUCCUUGGUGAAAGAGAAAGAGGAAGUGAGCUCCUGGUUUCCCUUUCGCGAUUAUGAGCAUCAGCUAUUUCUUUAAUUACUCCAAUUCCCGGUCUCCCUCAGUGUAUGAACGCCUCCCGCGAUUCAGAUGAAGAACAUGAGGGUUAUAUAUCCGUAAAUCUCUAGGUUACUGGGGGUGAGGACUCCAGGAAACAACCUGGAGUAUGAGGAAUGAAGAGACUGGAUACUUCUCUUUGGUUUCCUUCCCCAUUCCCCUAGUAGUCAAAAGAACAAACUGAGUCUCCUGGUUAGCUGUUUUGUUUUUUAAUUUUUUUUUUUUUUGGUCCGGUGGCAGCUGCGGUCUAUAAGAAGAGGCUUCCCAGCAGGGAGGCGGACAGAAGUCUUUGAGUGAGUGUGUUGGGAGUGCAAGCUGCCUAGGAGGCAGCCGCCUAGCGCCGCUUGCUGGGGGUGUGACCUUUGCUUCUCUCGGGGGCGAAGCGAGCUGAAGACCCCCGCAGCUGCUCUUCAGUACCACGCACAGCUCUGGAGCAAGGAGCAGGCGAGUGUGUUAGAUCCCGAACAGAGACUGAGUCCUGAAGUGAUGAGGAGCUGCAUGAGCACGCUGAGACUGGGGGAGCUAAGCACCAGCCCAGGGCAGGAAGAUUGCCCCAUCUGAGGGGCUUAACCCUAAAGAAGGAGGAGAAAGAGGAGGAGCCCGGGGGUGCAGGAGCAACCACUCCCGCUCCACAAACGCUUACACCCAUCUCCCACUUCUGGGCCGCGAGGAGGCGGAAAACCUCUGAAGCGCCCGCCGGAGCUUCUCGUAGCAGGAGCUGGGGAGGGCAUUUGCAAACAAGUGUCUGUCGCGGUCUACUAGAAGCCCACCCCCGCUGGCCUACCUUUUCACUCUGGGACAAGCUUUUACAGGGCAAGCGGAAGACAUUCAGCCACUCGACAUACAAUCCGCGAGCAGUCGCUGCCGAGAUCUUGUCCUGCAGCUCGUCCUAGUCCAUAGUUCCAGCUCCACCGCGGCGGCGCAGGGUGUGGAGAAGUCCUCUUUGCAAACAGCUAGGCAGAUUGGGGGCUCCCAGCUGGACUAGUGCCUGGGCAUUCACAAGGAUCUAUACCGACAAAAGCAACGUGGUUUUGUUUUGAAUUUUGUUCUGGUUUCCUUCCCCCACUCCCGGGAAGCUUCGGGGGUGGCUCGAUCUACCUCCCAUUUUCCAUCUCUUUCUCUCGGGGGAAGAGCUGCCGCCUGGAGAAUGGAUUAUAAUAAACCUGGUGAAGAGGAGAGGAGCAGCUUGUAAAGCUCUGUACGAGCCCACCGCCGCUACCCCUACAGUUGAGUACCGAGCCCUCUACCCUAUAGAUAUCCCCAGGGGUCAUCUGGAAGAGGAAUUUAAAAUCAACUACCAGAUUGGAGAGAGGGGCGCGGAGAGGAGAGCGAGUGUGUUGUGUUGUGGUGUGGUGUGGUGUGGUGUGGUGUGUGUGUGUGUGUGAGCGCGCAUGUUUUCUAUAUGCUGGAGGAUGUCAUUUUUCCUUCAUUGGGCUUAAUUCCAUGACCCCUCUAACACGUGAGAGAAUUUAAUAAUAGUGGGAUGGUGGUGUUCCUUCCCUGCGGAACCUUUCUACUAUGACAGCCUUGAUCUCUAAGGGGUUAAUUAACUUGGGCUACUUGGCGAAGUUAUCACUAGAACGGUAACCUAUUUGGGGAGUUUUAAUUUGAGCUUGUGCUGGUGACCAAGGGACUCUAGAGAGUGGAGUUGUCUUAGUUAAGUGGUUUGUGCUUUUGGGGGGGAUAGGGUGGGGAAUUUGACCCCCCCCCGAUAGUUUAUCCUCUUUGAUGACUCCUGGAGGCGGUGGGCCGAUGAAAGACUGCGAGUAUAGUCAGAUCAGCACUCACAGCUCCUCUCCCAUGGAGUCUCCUCAUAAGAAAAAGAAGAUCGCUGCCAGAAGGAAAUGGGAGGUUUUCCCGGGAAGAAACAAAUUCUUUUGUAAUGGGAGGAUCAUGAUGGCUCGGCAGACAGGCGUCUUCUACCUGACCCUUGUCCUCAUCUUGGUUACCAGCGGACUCUUCUUCGCAUUCGACUGUCCGUAUUUAGCCAUGAAAAUCACUCCAGCUAUCCCUGUGGUUGGUGGGAUCCUAUUCUUCUUCGUGAUGGGUACCUUGCUUCGAACAAGCUUCAGUGAUCCUGGAGUACUACCCCGAGCAACACCAGAUGAAGCUGCUGACCUGGAAAGGCAAAUAGGUAACGCUGAAGAUAUAGCAAAUGGUACCAGUUCAGGGGGGUACCGCCCACCUCCCCGAACAAGAGAAGUCAUCAUCAAUGGUCAGACGGUGAAACUAAAAUAUUGUUUCACCUGCAAGAUUUUUCGUCCUCCUCGUGCUUCUCAUUGCAGUCUUUGUGAUAACUGCGUAGAACGGUUUGAUCAUCACUGUCCCUGGGUAGGCAACUGUGUGGGGAAAAGAAACUACAGAUUUUUUUAUAUGUUUAUUUUAUCUCUGUCUUUUCUGACAGUCUUUAUAUUUGCAUUCGUUAUCACCCACGUCAUUCUUCGUUCCCAGCAAACAGGUUUUCUAAAUGCUCUCAAGGACAGUCCUGCAAGUGUGCUGGAAGCUGUGGUGUGUUUCUUUUCUGUUUGGUCUAUUGUUGGUCUCUCAGGUUUCCACACAUAUUUGAUCAGCUCCAAUCAAACUACAAAUGAAGAUAUUAAAGGAUCUUGGUCAAAUAAAAGAGGUAAAGAAAAUUAUAAUCCCUACAGCUAUGGAAACAUCAUUACAAAUUGUUGUGCUGCCCUCUGUGGGCCUAUAUCUCCAAGCCUAAUUGAUCGAAGAGGAUUUAUUCAGCCAGACACACCACAGCCAGCAGCACCAACAAAUGGAAUCACCAUGUAUGGGGCCACACAGUCUCAGAGCAAUAUGUGUGACCAAGAUCAAUGCAUUCAGAGCACCAAAUUCGUUUUGCAGGCUGCAGCUACCCCGCUGCUCCAGAGCGAACCCAGCCUGACCAGCGAGGAGCUCCCUCUGCCAGGAAAGACCACCCUGGGCACCCCCUGCGCCACUUUGUCCCUGGGGCAGCCCACGCCACCCUCCUCCAUGCCCAAUCUCACAUCAGAGACUGUUUUGACAGAUAUGAUACCGUUGAAGGAAGAUCAUGAUGGCCACCAGUUCCUCACACCCGAGGAAGCCCCCUCACCCCCUGGGAUGUUGUCAACGGGCAGUCCCAUCACGCACAGUCACACCCUGCAUGUCCUAAGCUUGGCCAGCCAAGACUCAUUGCAUGAAGACUCAGUCCGUGGCCUUGUAAAGCUCAGCUCAGUCUGACCGAUGUGGACGGUUGGCACAGGGGGAGGCGCGGUGCACUUUUCCUGGGACUUUGCUCUUCUCCAGACCACCUGCAGAAGCCGACAAAAGCGGUCUUCCCAGCAAAGAACUUCCCAACACUCCGUCUUCUCAUUAGCCUCGUGGUCUCAGUGAGGAGGACUUCCAAUUGUUGGUUAAACGAACAUCUAGAAAGUAGAUGGCUCGAUUUCAGGGGGCAUUUGGGGGCAGGUCCUAAAGCUCUUAAUUUUGUCUUAUUUGACUUUCCUUCCCUUUCCCCAAUUCCUCCUCUCCUUCCCAUCCUUAAUAAAAACUGAAAUUGAUCCCAACAGUCCAGUUUUCUGAAGCCUUGGGCAAGUGAGAAUUUCCCAACAGCUGGAGUCAUAUUUCUGAAUCUUUAUUUCAGCAAAAGAAAGAUUUUGGGUUAUAAAUGGCACAUUCUGUAUUCUCCAUUAUUGUAAUACACACUGGUUAAGAGUUUAUGAUAUUUUGUGGUCAUAUUGAAAUGCACUCAAGUGUUAUACUACUAAUAUUUGAAUUUGACGAUUUCCAUUCUGUUUAUUAAUAUAAAAAAUUUUAAAGAAAAAGAAAAAGAGACCAGCUGGGGACUUACAUGCCACAUUUAGUAUGUGUUAAGUGGUGUUGGUAUCAAGAAGUGCUGCUUUUUUUUUUAAGUUGUGACUUUCCAAGUUCAGUUUCAUCAAAGGACAAUUAUCAAACUGAAACCAAUGGACAAUGUUAUUAUUUCUCAACCAUUCAACUUUAUUAUCUGUGGAUAGGUGGUGCCUACAAUAUCCUGGGUUUUAUCACAUUUCUUAUGAUUUCAUCUUCUGUUAAAUAUUUAGAUUAGGUAUUGUGUUGUGCCAUAUCUGCAGGGGAUUAGAAUCUCGCUACUGUGGGUGAGAUUUCCAGUGGACAUCCAAUAAAAAUGCCAUCCUCCAUUUUCUGGAUUUGCGUACAGUUAUCCUUAUAAAGCCUAAAAGACAAAACCCUCUAGAGGACCAGCAAAGGGUUUGUGAUUGUUGAAAUAGACUGGCAGGGAAUCAGCCUGAAUCCAUAGUGAAUCAGAUCAACGGAUUUCAUACUGAUGGGAAGGUUUCUUGGGUAAGAAGGUGAAUUUCUGUCCUGUUUCUAAGCACUGAUUGUCCACUUAUGGUUUGUUAUUGAGGGAAUUCACUUGUGUUUGCAUUAUGUAAAAUUCAGUGCUGCUGUAGACAGAAGAUAAAGGAGUCAUUCAAAUAGGAGAUUGGCUCUCUUCUCUGUUCAUCCUGUUCUGUGUGCUGAGGGCAAAAGGAAAGAAAACAGGGAACCUUUUGCAGGUGUCCAAGAGUUAGUCAAAGGAACCUGUGGCAAGUGUGUGCUGAGAUCUCCAGGGCUCAUUUCUCUUAACCAGGCCAUUAAUCAGAAUAGAAUUAGGAAAAUUACCAACUCAUCCCUUUCAAUUUAUAACUUGGGGCAGGGAUUAGGAAGGACAUUGUAUUUCAUUUAAGACAUUAUCAACUCAGGGCAAUUGCAGGGGACCCAACUUGGUUUUGAGAAGUGUGCCAUGUACUUUACUUGCCUUCCUCUUCAGAUGCCUGCAAUGAUUUCUUCUCAGGACAAAUUAAAUUCUGCAAGCUCAAAAUAGUGUGCUCUGUUCAUAUGACUGGUUAAAAGACAAGAUGCAUUUAUUAUUGAUCAAGAUGCCCAGACAUUUUGAAUUAAUGGGAUAAGGCCAUUUCCUCUAAUAUAAGGGAGAAGAAAAUGACCAUCUUGUUUGAAGAAAAAGUAGGGGAGGGGGGAGAGAAGCAUAUUUUGGGUUCUGGAACAAAGCCAUCUCUGAAGGCAUUGAAGCCACAGCCAGAUCUCUCCUCAUAACAUUAAACUGUUUGAUUUCUCCCACUCUGAGAAUAUGUGAUCCUGUGUUUACUGGUGGUCCCCUUACCACUAUCAUCACUCUUAUUCCUUACACUGACAUGUGUAGAAAACAGAAAAAAUAAGUCACAGGAGCAGUUUCUGGUUUCCUAAAUCUCCUGACCAUUCCUUUCUGAUUAUAAUUCUUCAUGUGAACUAGAGACUCAUACAAGAGUUGGAAGAAUCAAGAAAAAUUUGGAAGUGACUUUAAACUGUGCCAAAGUGUGAUGGGCUGCCUUAGGAGACAAAGAGCUCCCCAUCAACAGAGGUAUUGAAACCGAGGCUCAGUAAAUAUCUGUUGGGGAGAUUGUAGGAGAGUUUCUUAUACAGACACAGGUCGGAAAGGAUGGCCUCUGAUAUCCUACAUUGAAAUUCUGUGAUAAACAAAACAGGCCAGAUCUCCCACAGGCACAAUUAAUUCCACAAAACUCUUUGCACAAAAACUUAAGCCUGCCCUUUACCCCGUUCAUUCUUUGUGAAGAAGUAAGACAACGUGCCUUCGUGAUGUGGUUCCCAGGAACAGGUGAGAGGACAAAGGCAGCUCAAUAGAGAAGCAACCUAACUUCAUGGACAGAACCUUGGUCCUGGAGGGAAGAAGGUCCUAAUUCAAAUGCCACCUCAAAAACUUGCUCUUUGUGUGAACCUUAGGGCCAGUUUCCUCACCUUCAAAAUUCAAAAUAACAAUAGCGCCUACCUCGCAGGGUUGUUGUGAGGAUCAAAUGAGAUAAUAUAUGUAAAGUGUUUUAAAGCUUUAAAAGUAUGACAAAAAUGUUAACUUUCAAGUCAUGGAAAGAAUUCUGAAUUAGGAUCUGGGAGGCCUGAGUUACCGUGUGACCAUGGGUAGGUCAGUUUUAAUUCCUCAACCUUCAUUUUCCUCAUCUAGACAGAUUCUUUUCCAGAUUCCUGCCAGCUCCAAUGUUCAAAUGGUUUAUGAUUUUUCUAGGAUCACGAUAGACACCCCACCUUAAUCUGCAGAAUUACAAUGAGUCCUUAUCCUCAUGUAUGUUCGGUGUUCAUUCAUAUGACUUUUUUUCUCCUCCUUUAUCCUUACCCUUCACCUCUACCUUUCCACUAAGCAACCACUACAUUAUUUAUCAAACUCUGCUUUCAAGUGAGCAUGGCUAUUCAGGAUUUACUAUGCUAUUAAAACUUGGAUCAUUAUCGAAAGAGCCAUUUCUCCAGGGGAUGUGAAUUUAGUUCAUGCAGCCUGUCUCGAGGGGCACUGCCCCCUUGCACUGUGGUUAAAAGGAAAAGUGAGGGCUGGAGGAUUAAAUGCAUUUGUGUUUACACUGGCUCUCCCCUUCCUAUUGCUUCCAAGGUUGGUUUCUGGAAACUUGAAUGUCCUUCACCAUCCCAGGGUGACAUGACCUAGUCUAUAUUUUUGGAUAUUUGCGUAAUUCAAGCAAGCUAUAAUCGAAUAUGUUUUGAUAUUUUACAAACUGUCAUUGUCAUAGAUUGAUUGUUCUCUAUGUACCAGUGAAGUAAGAUAAAUAUUUUACAAUGCUACUAAAACUUAGACCAUUAUCUCAUGUACACACAAGCUUUAUUGUUUAAAGAUUCAUCUGCUUUCAGUUUUCCCAAGAAAGCUGAAGCAGAAUAUAAGCUGCCCAGGCUCCUUCAUAGGAUGACUGAGUUUCAUCCAAUUACCCCUGGCUUCUGAAAAGGAGGGCUGGCGAAAGCAUCAUCAGAUCUGUGCCUGGGAGAACUCAGUGACAGGGCACUCUGGGGCCCCAGGAAUUUGCUGUCACAUUCUGUCAGGCAACCAAGCUGAAAUAUGACAGUUUCCUUUUUCUUUUUCCAAGUGGUCCAGCCUAUCAGAAUGAUGCAACAUCCUCCUUAGAAUCUUAUUUUGGACAUUUCUUGUGCCCCUGAGGGCCUAUUUCUAAUCCCACAUUAGCAGGCCAUGGCCAAUUAUAGAGUCCCAUUUCAUUGUUUUCUUAUCCUAUUGUUUUUAUGAUUGGCUCAUCAGGAUUAAAUGUGAAAAGUAAAUAUUAUUUUGUUUUCCACUUUGUAAUCUUGUCCCAGAGCUGAAGUUUUUGUUAUUGCUCUUUCCCUCUCUUUACCCUUUAUGUAUUUGGUUGUUAUUUAGGAAGUUGCAUAAUAUUGUUGAAAGAACACUGGAUUUGAAUUCAGAAGAUUUCAUUUAUAGCCCCUAUGACCUUGGAUCACUCACUUAAUUUCAGUGAGUUGUCAUUCCCUCAUAUGUAAAAUGAAAUUUAUUAUCAGUUGCUCUCAAGGUUCCUCCCAAUUCUAAAUCCUAUGAUCCAAUGUUUGACCCUUUUCCUAGCUACCAACCAAAAGAAAUGUAAACCCCACACUUCACUGUGUUGCAUCAGUUCUCCUUGGCACUGUGGCCUUGUGAGGACAUCUACUGGAAAAUGCAGAGAAAAUGCAGAAAAUACUUGAAAGCUUUGCCAUUCAGCGGUUCCUGAAGGGACUGCAGUCAGUCCAGUUUGCAAAGGAAGAGUCCUUCAUCACCUUCCACCUUCACAGAGUGACUCCAGGAGCAAGAGUUUCCCAUGGACUUUGUUCUCCCUUCUACAACUUGGUUCAUAGCAACUCCUCUGGGACAUGGGGGUGGGAGAUGGUUAGAAUUCAUCUGCUCUUUUCUCUCUCUCUCUCUCUCUCUCUCUCUCUCUCUCUGUGUGUGUGUGUGUGUGUGUGUGUGUGUGUGAUGUGAUAUGUUUUCAUGGCUGCCUGGCAAAGUAUCAAAAAUUCGCUUUUAUAAUCCUAAGGGAUUUUUAAAAUGUCUUUUUUUUGUGAUAGUCUUGAGGAGAGCCCAAUGUACAAAUUAUUUUAGAGGGCAGGAAUGGGGUGGGGGGAAGGAAUGGAAAGGAAGGCAGAAAGAGUAAGAAAGAGAGAGAAAUUUUGAAUAUUGUUGCCUUAUGACUGUUUUGAAGCUGAGCCUAAAUAAAAGUAAUGUUUACAGUUCUCUUCAUCACAUAUCUAUGAGCCUGUGGAAAUCUAAUGUUUUCUUAUCCAAAAGGGAGAGGCUUUAAAAUACAUUACCUGCUCCUCUUCCAUCCCUAUAGAUGAGUAUACAAUUCUAAAUUCUCUAUAAUGAUAUUCUACUGGGUGCUUUCCAUAUCACUUCCUAAAUACUGCCUCUAACUUGUUUCUUUGAAAUGUGUCCCUUUCCAUCUUUUAAAAUAAGUUAUCAUCAAUAGAUUAGAUUAGCUACAUUGUUCUCAUUGUAAUCAUAAAUGUCCAAGAGCAUUACAUUUUUGUAAAUCAGUGAAUCCUCUAGCAACUUGCCCAUUGUACAUGGUCCUGAUAAUGCAAUCAAGAUGGAUUUCCAAAUACAAGCAUUUACUACAUUAAUUCAGCCAUUAAAAAUAAUUGUGUAGAUAUAAGAUUAGAUUGCUUCUGGAGCAACUGAAUUUGCAGCUGCCACAAUGAGAUGAAUGGCUUCAACUGGAAUUAUUUUCAGAUCUCAUAAACCCCAGGAAUUAUAUGCAGAAUGAGUUGGGGAGCAGAUGGACAUUUUGUGCUGUUGCAAAGAUUUUUUUCCUUCCAUCAAUUGUUACAUUUUUAAAAAGAAAUGUGGUAUUGAUUUAUGGAGUUCUGAAUCAAUGAUUGUCUUAAUUGUCCUUGAUAUCUUAACAUGCACAGUUAAACUGAGAGGCCAUAUGGUCCAUCCAAUGAAAUUUGUUUUGCACUGUUCUGUGUGAGUGGAGAUUGUUUUAGCCUAUGGUGGAAUAUGACUUUGAACCUCUAAGGCCCUUAUUCUCGGGGACAGCUUUGGUUUGUGCUUUAUUCCAAUUGAGCAUUCUGGUAUACCCCCAAAACAAUAAAAAUAAAAACUCUUGGUAUAUUCAAUGCUCUGAAGCUGAACAAUGAAAGACAUGUGGGCCAUGCCAGUGUGUAUUUUCAGAGAUAUGUAUGCCUAUCUAAGUGCCUCUUUGAUGUUUUAAUCAAUGCUUGCAUAAUUGAUUUUUUUAAACCCACUGAACUGAAUUAAGACAACAUUUUUUCCUGCCUCAAUAAAAGCUGUUCAUGGUA